AUGACUGAUCGCUCAAAUCGAGCCAGCCGCAGAGAAAAAGUAAAGAACAGCAAGAACAGGUGCAAGCAAGCAUUGAUAGCGCGGAAGAGCAGUGGGCUUCGCCGUUCUCUGCACUCUGAUUGGCUGGACCUGGUAAGGAAGGGAGGGAGCGACGCUGCCUGCCUGCUGCCUGCUGCGCGAACGAUCAUUGCUGACGAUGAUGAGCAGCAGGGGAUGUGGUCAGGGGCCUUUAACGGAUCCCUGGAGGGCGUCGACCUUACCGCUUUUGAGCCGUCAGUGUUUCAAAUGUGGUAG